AUGGCGGGUAUUGACCUUAGCAGUCUAUACAACUCCAGCCAGUGGAGCGACCUGACGAUCGAGGCGUCCGGGAAGGUCUUUCACUGUCAUCAGUGUAUCGUCUUCAGCCAGUGCGAGGACUGGAAAAAGUUGCCUUUGGUGAACGGACGUCUCGUCCUCACCGGGGCAUACAGCAUCAAGGCAAUCCUCAAGUACAUGUACUCCGGCACAUACAAGCCCAUCAACAUUCCCUGCAGCAUCGACAGACCACGGAGCCUCGAGACAAACGCGGAAGGCACGACCGACAAACUUGACUACAGCGAUAACAGCAUGUUUCUCACCGCCUGUGUCCUGGCUCGAGCAAAGGCGUAUAACAUCACCCAACUCCGCGAUCAAGCCAAGACCGCUCUCUUGAGCAUCGCGUCUACUCUCGGCAACCACGCAGAAUUUGUCGAAACCGUCCACUACGUCCUUUGCACUUACCAUGAUGAAGAGGGAUUACAGAUUGCUCUGCACAUGAUCAUGCCACAGUACGAGACGAACGCUGGUCUGCGUAACAGACUCAAGGAUCUCCUGCUCCGCCACCCCCGCCUGGCUUGCCUUCUACUCGAGCACACAACUGAAGAGCUACGUGCGAUCAAGAGGGAGAAGAGCUUGACACAUUAUGUUGGCAAGACCGAGCUCGGCGAACUUUCCGGAGGCUACAGCCUGUCUCCCGCGGCACCUGCCUUGGACUCCACGCGGAGCACGCCUCUGCAAGUUGUGAGCGCGACUUCCAAGAAGCGCAAGGAUGGCGAUGACGAGAUGCCCGUGAUUAAGCGCCUCAGAGAGAGCAUCGAGUAG